AAAGGGCAAUUGUGUAAAUUCACGAACUGAACAAAAUCGCAAAAGAAAAGAGAGAUAGCGAUAGGGAGAGAACCGGUUCCGCUCCAUUGCCGAUCUGUAAGCAGAGAGAGAGAGAAGGAGAAGCUACAGAAGCUAGCAACAAAAGUUCUUGCUAGGAAGUUUGAAUUUUUCAGUGUUUCAGCAAUAUUGUAAGCCUUCCGAGGUGAAAAGAUCGUGUCUUUUUGUUUAGUUGAAGAAGGAAGCUCGGUAGAGUCGAAACCCGGGUUUAAUUUCGUUGUUGGGGAUUUGGAAGUUGAGGAUAUCAGAGGUUUCGAUUAGGGUUUUGGGGUUUUUGAUGGAAUAGUUUUGGUGUGUUAAAGGUUGUGGUUUUUUAUAAUUGAGGUGAUGAAUAAUAAUAAUCAGCCCAGGAAUGUGGGGGUGCCACCCCACUUUGGCAAUUCUGGGGCGGUGUCGCAACCUGUGGCCAUGAAUCACCAGCCUCAUCUUCUCACUCAAUCGCAGCCUCCGACACAAGGGGGAGCUCAUUUUCCAGGGCACUUUCAGUUGUCUGAGCCGCAAGCGCAGGCACUUGCACAGGCACAGUAUGUGAAUGCUCACGCACAAGCCCAAACCCAAGCUGCCCAUGCCCAAUUUGUUCAGUUGCAAGCUCAAGCUCAGUCUCUUGCCCAGUUGCAUAAUGCGAAUACAAGUAAUGUUGGUGGUUCAUCACCCUCCGUGGCAACACCUAGCACAGGAACUGCUAAGCGGGCGAACCAGAAGCCACCUUCUCGGCCUCCUGGUUCAUCUAGUGCCAACACGGGUUCACCAUUUAAAACCAUGGAGCUCACCCCAGCUGCUCGUAGAAAGAAGCAAAAGCUACCUGAUAAACAAAUACCGGACAAAGUGGCUGCACUUCUACCAGAGUCUGGUCUUUAUACUCAGUUGCUUGAAUUUGAGUCUCGUGUUGAUGCUGCUUUGGCAAGGAAGAAGAUGGACAUCCAAGAGUCCCUUAAAUGUCCCCCCCGUGUUCAGAGAACACUUAGAGUUUAUGUAUUCAACACCUUUGCGAAUCAGACACAAACAAAUCCUGAGAAGACAAAUGCGGAACCCCCUUCAUGGUCACUUAAGAUAAUUGGGAGGUUACUGGAAGACGGGAGGGAUCCUGUGGUGGCUGGAUUGACACCAAAAUCAAGGGCAAAAUUUUCAUCACUGUUCAAGAAAGUUACCAUAUACUUGGACCAAACCCUCUAUCCAGAUAACCACGUGAUUUUAUGGGAAAGUUCCCGUUCACCCGCUCUUCAUGAUGGCUUUGAGGUGAAAAGAAAAGGGGAUAAGGAGUUUACUGCAAUAGUAAGACUAGAGAUGAAUUAUGUACCUGAGAAAUUCAAACUUUCACCAGCUCUCCAUGAAGUUCUGGGAAUUGAGGUAGAGACCCGACCCAGAAUUAUAGCUGCUAUUUGGCACUAUGUCAAGGCCAGGAAGUUGCAGAACCCGAAUGACCCUACUUUCUUUGUGUGUGAUCCACCUCUUCAGAAGAUUUUUGGGGAAGAGAAGAUGAAGUUUUCGAUGGUUUCACAAAAGAUAUCACAGCAUUUAACUCCACCACAGCCUAUACAUAUAGAGCAUAAGAUAAAACUUUCAGGAAAUUGCCCAGCUGGAACUACCUGCUAUGAUAUACUGGUUGAUGUACCCAUGGUAUUAGAGAAAGAGAUGUCUGCUUUCUUGGGAAGCACCGAGAGGAGCAAAGAGAUUGACGCUUGUGACGAAUUGAUUUGUGCAUCCAUAAAAAAAAUCCAUGAACAUCGACGGCGGCGAGCUUUCUUUCUUGGGUUCAGUCAAUCUCCUGCAGAGUUUAUUAAUACUUUGAUUGCUUCCCAGAGCAAGGAUCUCAAGCUUGUUGCUGGAGAUGCUAGUCGUAAUGUGGAAAAGGAGCGCCGCUCCGAUUUCUACAAUCAACCUUGGGUUGAGGAUGCUGUUAUUCGUUACUUGAACCGAAAGUCAGCCGGAAGUGAUGCUCCCGGAAGCACUUGAAAUAAGGAAUUGGGUAAGUUUCAAUAAGUGGCAGUCGUGUAUUUCUAAGAUAUCUAGAUCCUGUUGAUUUCAUAUCAUCUUUAUUUGGUUUCUUCAAUCCAAUUCUUUCCUUGGUAGAA